AUGCUUUGGGGGAUGGCAACAGCCACCUCAAGUCCGUACCUAGCCAGCAGCAGGAUUUUGUCCGGCCCGGUCCUUCACUCUGACCGGAGGGGUGGUGGCAUGCAGCCGGGCAGCACCGUUGUGACCACGGUGUCUAGUGGAUACAGAGGGGACCCUUCAGUUAAGAUGGUCCAGAGUGACUUCAUGCAGGGAGCCAUGGUGGCAAGCAACGGGGGGCACAUGUUAAGCCAUACCCACCAGUGGGUGACAUCGUUGCCUCACGCAGCAGCGGCAGCAGCCGCGGCAGCGGUGGCUGCAGCCGAGGCCAGCUCUCCGUGGCCCCCCGGCUCCCAGCAGCAGGACGGGAAAAGAAACAGCGGCAGGGAGGACCUUCACUCAGGCUCUUCUCUGCACCACAGGUCCUCACAUUUGGGACCCCAUCAGACUCACCCGGGAAGUUGGGGAGGCACAUCUUCGGCGCACAUCAACAUUACUGAGGUGCAGCAGCAGCAACAGCAGCAGCAGUCCCUCAUUUACUCCCAGCCAGGUGGGUUUACUGUCAACGGGAUGCUCAACUCACACGCGGGUCAGAGCCUCAUGCACCCGGGACUGGUGCGCGGGGAUUCCCCGGAGCUGGACCACGGCAGCCACCAUCACCACCAUAAUCACCACACUCACCAUCACCAGCAUCACGGGGUGAGCCAUGAUCCGCAUUCAGACGAGGACACCCCGACAUCAGAUGACUUGGAGCAUUUCGCCAAACAAUUCAAACAGCGUCGGAUCAAGCUGGGUUUCACCCAGGCAGAUGUGGGUUUAGCUCUAGGCACCCUGUAUGGCAACGUGUUCUCGCAGACCACUAUCUGCAGGUUUGAAGCGCUUCAGCUGAGCUUUAAGAACAUGUGUAAGCUGAAGCCUCUACUGAAUAAAUGGCUGGAGGAGGCCGAUUCCACCACUGGGAGUCCGACCAGCAUCGAUAAAAUCGCGACUCAGGGCAGGAAGAGGAAAAAGCGCACAUCCAUAGAGGUGAGCGUAAAAGGCGCAUUGGAGAGCCACUUCCUCAAGUGUCCAAAACCCUCCGCACAGGAGAUCACCUCUCUAGCGGACACUCUGCAGCUGGAGAAGGAGGUGGUCAGGGUCUGGUUCUGCAACCGCCGGCAGAAAGAGAAGCGCAUGACGCCGCCUGGACUGCCACGCACUCCGGAGGACGCAUAUUCACAAGUGGGCAGCAUUGGUCCUGACACACCGUCCCCAUCCAUAGACUGCAAGAGGAUGUACAGCGACACGUGA